AUGCCGACCUACACAGAUGAUGAUCACGAUGAGAUGGUCGAGAUAGCUUCGGACACACAUCCAGAUUGCCAGAAGAAAGCACUGGCGAUUAUCGUCGACAUUCUGGAGCGAAACCAGAUUGCCUAUGGCAUCAUGGGAGGAAUGAACUUCUUCCUCCGUGGUUCGCACAGAAUGACUCACGAUGUCGAUAUCGCUGUCGAUAACCCACCUCGCCUCGACGCACUUCUUUCUCUCUUCGAGAACGUGACCAUGAUUUACCGGACCGCCACCAGAAUGCAGUGGGCUGGCGGUAUAGCCCGCAUCUUCCUGAAAGUCGACAACAGCCUGGUUCAGUUCGACCUAAAGCCCAAGGGCGCUGAAGGCCACGUGAUCCCAGGAAAUAUCAGUGAAGUCGUGGACCGGGAGCGCGUUCUUACAACUAGGGGCACUUUCGACUGCAACCUGUUGGGUAUCGGGCCCCUGGUCCGAUCCAAGAUCAAAGCACACUGGGAGCGCAACUCCGAUCGAGACUAUCGCGAUCUUCUGUUCGUCUUCGGGCGUAAGUCCUUCGCUGAACAGGUCCGCACUGUAGCGUCUUCGUUCAACGACGAAUGGAAGGACGCCUUGUUGGAAAAGGUGCGAGAACAGAACCCAGAUAUGGAAGCGAAGGUGCGAUGGGGCCUCCAAAUGGAAGCCACACCUUCUACGCCCAGCAAGGGAUUGGCCCCGUCAACUCCAGGAGGCAGCGGUCGCACGGGCUCUGGCGGAUAUGGUGGGGACUACAACACCGGCAGCGGACCUAGCCCUGGCAGCGCCCAGUCGAGCAGCUCCAAGACUGGUGCAUACUCGGGCUACAGCGGGGCCAACCAAGGUUCGCCUUUGGGAACUCCGAACCCCAAAGCCUCGUCGCCAGGCUCAGGCAUGGUCUAG